CAAAGCUGCAGCCAACAAUCAGAAUGGCCUUAUCCCUCAGGCCCUAACCCUCUCUUUGUUCCAGGCAGACACCCUCUCCCACCCAUGGCUGGCCGACUCCCGUCCAAUGCUCAGCUCAUCCCAGGAACCACAACUCUCAAGCUACCACUAUAACCUUUUCUCCCCCUCACUCCAACCCACGCUGAGAACAGGAUACAAGGACCCAGAAUCCAGGACGGAGAUAGACAAGAGCAGACAGAAAGAAGAGGCUGCACCCCAGGAGUCACUCCACACAAGAUUGGAAACUAGAUGAGCAGGGAGGGGGAAAGAGCACGCCAUUGACGAAGGACCAGACGUCGAAAGAGAACAAGAAGCAGCAAAAAUGGUCUCUGUCGGCCUCCAGCUUGUGGGGUACGUGUUUGGCCUCUUGGGUUUGUUGGGUGCCUUGAUAGCCAUGCUCCUGCCCAGCUGGAGAACCAAUUCCUAUAUUGGCGCAAGCAUUGUUACAGCCGUUGGCUUCUCCAAGGGACUCUGGAUGGAGUGUGCCACUUACAGCACGGGCAUCACCCAGUGUGACUUCUACAGCUCUCUGCUCAACUUGCCCGCUGACACCCAAGCAGCCCAGGCACUGAUGGCCACCUCCAUCGCAGUCUCCUUCUUGGCUUCCAUCAUUUGCGUCCCGGGGAUGCGAUGCACCAUCUUUUCGCAGGGCUCUCCUGUCAAGGACCGGAUAGCUGUGAUUGGAGGGGUGGCCUUUGCGGUUGGGGGGCUGCUCUGCUUCAUCCCUGUGGUGUGGAAUAUCCAUGUGAUCCUCCGUGACUUCUACAACCCCAUUGUGCACGACGGCAUGAAGUUUGAGAUUGGGGAAGCUCUCUACCUGGGCAUCCUCUCCUCCCUCAUCUCCCUCAUUGGCGGCCUCAUCCUCUGUGCCUCCUGUUCGCCUCGGGACUCACACACAACUUCUUACAGUCCUUACCGUGCUAGAACCUUGGGAAACAGAAACGCACCACCGCCUGACAUGACUCAAAAGACCGAGUUAAAUGCUUAUAAUCUGACUGGCUACGUGUAACAGCAACUGGACUUAGAAACCAGAGGUGCUCAAGUAGUACCUCUGCUGCCCUCUCAUCAUGUAGAUAAACUGAACAGGUAAGGUAUUCUUCCUGCCAUCUUCUUUAUGAGGCACAACUUACCACCAAAGCCCUGAUUUCUCCCAGACCCUGUUGCCAACACUGCAUGGUGCGUUGCUUGCACCCUUUGAGGUUCUCUGAGGACAUCAAAGCUAAAUUUCCUUGGGGAAAAAGCUGUCCCAGAUCCUGAGGGGCAGAGCAAUGUGAACUGUACUCGGCAUCUUCAAGGCAACAAGCUGCUAGUCAGAGACAUUUGCCAAAUUUCAGCGGCUGUUGCUACCUUAAUGGACAUACAGGACUACCCUGUCCCUUACAGAAGACAUUGGAAUAGAGAGAGGGUGGAAGAGAAGGAGCAGCCUGAAGUGAUAUGCAGGAAUUUGCAAUUCUAAAGGAAGUUUUCUACAUUUCAGUAGAAGGGGAGAAAAAAAUGUUGGCUUGAACUGUAAUCCAGGAAGAUAUGUUGUCUAUAGAGUGGUCAACACAACUGAAAGCCCACUGCCUAUGCCUGUACAGUGGGUGACUGAGAAUGUGAUCCCCCCUCACUCUUGGCAGAACCCCAGCACUCUCCCAGUGCAGCCAGACUAGAUGGCCCUGUGCCCAUUUGCUUGCAAGGGGGUGGUUCCUCAGGAGAACAUUUUCAAAAGGGGGCCAUGAAGUGCCCAUUAACAAAACAUUUUGUCUGAUCUUACUGUGUUCAUUCCACCCUUGGCUUUGAAGC